AUGGCCGAAAAGAAGGAAACAGCUGGCUCCAGUGAGUCUCCAGACUCCAGCGAGACUGCAGGUUCCAAUGAAAUCACAGACCCCAGUGAAACUGUUGACCUCAGCAAGGCUGCUGAAACCACGGAGGAUAUUGGCUCCAAAGAGGUCGCCGAUAACUCGAAACAGGUCGCCGUUGGACCCCAGGAGCGUACUUCUCCCGUCGCCACAGGUCAUACGAACUCCCCCUUGUUCACUCAAAUUCCCGUCGACAUACGCCUUCGAAUCUACACCUACGUCUUCUACGGAUCUACCCUGGAGCUCAGGCCUGAUAAACAUCCUGAACACUAUCCGCUAGAGCUUCGGGAGAUUUUCGAAGCAGAAACACGCCCAAACCGAAACGCGACGGAUGUGAUGAAGCGGAUACGCCGCCACCCGUAUUGGGAGUACGCGAAAAUUUUGACCAGCUUCCAUUACAGCCUGCUCUUGACCUGCCGCGCCAUCUACAAGGAGGGCCUGGUUACCUACUGGGGCGAGACCGUCCUGCUCGGAAGUGACUGUGAUGCCAAUGCUCCUCGUUUUGUCAUGGCUGCCUAUAGGGCGGGAGGGGGCGAGGUAGACGACGACGACGGCUGGGCCACGAUCCCAAGGUUCAAGCCUUUCGGUGUCCCCAACUCGGAUAAAGACGAGUUCUCCGUUGGGUACUCUUUCAAAUUCUUGUUGCAAAAAUUCCCUGAUGCGGCAAAGCCUUAUGUCAAGCACCUCGUGGGCAUUCCUGAUCGCCUCACUGAGACUGGAGACGACAAAUUGACCAUGUACGACUUAUUGCUCGAGUUCCCGCGCCUGAGGACCUGUACCCUUAUAAAUCGUACUUUUACAGACACGACCGCGCGGGAUGAAGUGAUACUCGAUAACAUCACCAAGCACCCGGGCGUCCCCAUCCGCGACCAGAGAAUCUUUGACGUGGUCAAGGCGCUCAAGACAGUUCGCGACGAGGAGCUCAAGACCAAGGACAGCGAGCACGUCAGGAGUAUUCCUGACAUCCUACAGUCACAGGCCAGACUCUCGCUGAUCCGAAGGGAGGCCGACCCACGCGGCGAAACCCGCCCAAUUGUCGAGGAGGAUAUACAGAAGGGCUACCUCAACUACACGACCAACAAGCAAGUGUGGCAUAUCGAUGCUGGGCGCCUGCAACCGCGAGUAAUGCGAGGAAGGCCGAAUCCUCCGAUGGAAUAUGACCUGGGCGGUCAUCAUUGGCAUGUGGAUGACUGGAGAUGCCUGGUGACUGACAGGCUCCCAUAUCAGUGA